UUGAGGAGACCGUUUAGUCAAAAAGAAUGAUGGAGUUUUCUUCUUCUUCAUCUUCAUUCAGCUGAUCCUUUCUCUCUCUCUCUCUCUCUCUCGCACACUUAAUUCCCACAUUUCUCACUUCUCCCCUAAUAUUACCCACCAAACCACGAUUUCUUCUGCAAACUACCCCGCCAUCCCUCCCUAUCAACCGCUCUGCCACCCAUGGACCAAAUCAUCAGUGUGAUACGACGAUGCUUGCCUUUGUGCUUCCCACUGCCAGAAUCCGAAGACCAAAACGACGCCUCUCAGGUUGUCGGCGUCGAAGACCAAAAGGAAGACGAGGAAGCAGCUGAGGCCACAGCAGGAGUAGAAGACGAUGACGAUGUUGCCUUCCAAGCCAACAAGGAAGCUUUGGUUAUGGUCAUAGCCAUAUGUGAAAUAGCCUCAAUGAACGAUGGAUGCCAAUGGGGAAUAUGCGGGGUGACAUCUCCUACUAAAGAAUAUCCUUUUCCAGUACACAGCUAUGGUUGCAUAGUGGAUCCAGAUUGCCCAGUUUGGAAAGUGGUGUGGAGAUGCUCAGAGGACAUGUCUAUACUCAUAACAACCUAUUACGGCACACAUAACCAUCCACUUCCUGUCGGUUCAAUUACUGCCAUGGCUUCUGCGGCCUCAGAAGAUUUCUUUAGGUUAUUGGAUUCAAAAAAUCCUAUUUCAAAAGGAACCUCUAGUUUCACCCAAGCAUCCCUUCCUUACUAUAUGAUUGACCCUAAGGACCCUUCCGAAGGAAUUGUUCUUUACCUUACAAUCGACUCUUACGAUCCCCCUCAAUUCCCAAUGCCCAAAUCACCCGUGAGAGACCAAGACCAAAACCAGCCUCCCAAGAUUCUUGUCGGCAAAGACUCUAAGAAGGACGGUACUGUACAUCAAAUAGAUAUGCAAAUGUAUUUGCGUGUUAUAGCAAUUUGAUUUGAUUAAUUUAUUUGGCAUACUGGUGUGAUGUAGAUGCUCCACAAAAUUUAGUAGAGAACUCUAGUGAAAGCCAAAUAUACAUCCUCAAAUUCUCAAGGAGAGAGAAACAGAGAGACCCAUUUGAAAGGCUGAUAGAAAUCUUUCAUUUCCACUAUGGCUUGGUUCUCGGCCACAAUGGAAGUGAAAGUUAUUUUUUAAAAAAUAAAAAUCUAAUUUGAAAAAGAAACAG